AUGUAUCCUGCAGUUGAAAAAGAAUUAGUAAAUUAUGUUAAAAAAAAACAGGAAGAAAGGAUAGCGGUUACUACUUCUAUAAUUGGAAAAAAGGUGAAAGAGUUAGAGAAAGCACUAGAUAUUCAAGGUGCAAAGUUCUCUGCUAGUUGGAAUAAAUUGGUAGAACAAGUUCGGACACAACAAGCACAAAAGCUUCCAGAAGAUAUGCCCAUAGUUGUUAGAGAAUUUCUUCAAACUUCAU